AUGUUCAUAUUUUGUUUCUUAUCAUUUGUGACUGUGUUCAAUCCGUCAGUUGGAUACUCACAACGCCUUUUUGCUAGUGAUUUUCGUGCGCCACAACCACCUGAUUCAAUCGUUGCUGAAUAUCAAGCUUCAUAUGUACAGCAUAAAUGGGAUGGAACAGGUAUUUCACAUAUUGGAAGUGGAAUGAUAUAUGCUAGUCUCUCUCUGAGACGUCUUCGAAUGGAUGUGACAUAUGGAGGUGUUAUUGCCAGUUCAUUUUUUGAUUAUGCUAAUGCAAAUAGUGAUGGUACGAUUCCAAACUAUAUUUAUACAUUAUCACCAUCAGCCGCUACGGCAGGAUCAUGUACAUUUUAUAAUGUCACACCAGCUUAUCCUUUAUUUCCACCAAAUAUUCUAGCUGCAUCUAGUGCUACUUUUGCUGGCCUUGUUACCGAUAAUCUUUUUUAUGCUAAUCAAGAACCAUUACAAGCAUGGGAUAUUUUAUUUGGUGGAACAACAAGUGUUACAGCUUUUCUUGAUAAGAACAAUACCGUAGUAAGAAUGGAUUUUUCAUCACCAUCGCAAAGUACGUUUACAACAACGCGUCUAUUCAAUAUUAUUCCUGGUUCACCAGCUGCGAAUCUUUUCUCAAAUCCAUGUCCACCAGGAUCAUCAACUCCAGCGCCGAUUUCUUCAGGUGGAAGUCGAACGAUAUAA